AAUUUGUCGAUUGUGUACCUACAUGGCAUGUUUUUAAUUUUUUACAAUUUUUUUAGUGAAUUAUGAAGGAAAUAAUUUGAUUAAAAUAAUUAAAUUGCAAAAUGGCAUUUGUCAGUGCAGUGACUGGCGACGACUGUACGAAAAAAUUUAUGGAAGUUUUGCAAAAUGACUUCAAGACUUUAAGUUUGGAGACCAAGAAGAAAUAUCCUCAGAUAAGAGAGGCUUGCGAUGAAGCUAUAGAGAAGCUAUCUCUUGCAUCAAAUAAUCCACAAGCCUCCCUCUAUGGAGUUGUUAAUCAGAUAUUGUACCCUUUGGUGCAGGGGUGUGAAUCCAAAGAUCUUAAGAUUAUCAAGGUAAUCAUAUUUUUUUUCUAUAUAUCCAUUAACAUAAUUUUAUUUCCAAAGAAGACUUACUGUAUUACUUCAAUUACUUCUAUCCACUUGGUCUAUAAAACUAAUUUACAUGUUGUCACAUGUCACAUUAAGUACCAAAAAUCAUAUUUCUUCAAUCUAUUUUGAAUCAAAUUGUAAGCAUAGUAAGGUUAAAAAUCUAUUAUGGAACAUCAUUAUUUUUGGGUAGUACAAUGUAGAAUCUCCUCAUAAGAUGAAUUUUAAAAUAAAACAUUUUAGAGAUAUUCACAAAUAAAUCUUAAAUAAUCUUAUAAAACAUUUCAUUCUCACACAAUAGGGUAGGUUUGGUAGUAAAAAAUAAAGUCAUGAAAUUGCACAAAAACUAAAAUUGACCUAAUAAUAAAUAGUGAGAUUCUGAUUUUGAGUCUUAAAAUUGUAUGAUUAUCUUAAAACGAAAAGUCAGAAGUUUUUGUCUAGGUGACAUCUUUUAAUCUUGUACUCCAUUCAUCAGAUCAGACGUCAUAAAUAUGAGGGACAGCAUUUUCUGUAGUAUAAAAAAGUUUAAAUUUUGUUUUAAUUUGUAUUACAUCUCUAGUUCUGCCUGGGAACCAUCCAACGUUUGAUCGCUCAGCAAGGCAUCGACGCGAAGGGUGCGCGACAUGUUGUGGACUGUCUGUAUAACUUAGGCCAAGCUGGAGUAUUGGAACUGAAGUUACUACAAACAGCUGCUCUAUUGAUGACCACUUCAGACUUGGUGCAUGGUGAUACUUUGUCACGGGUAAAGAAAAACAAAUUACUUUAAGCAUGUUGCCACAAUUAAAAAAUAGGCUAUAUGAUUCAUCUUUUAGCAUAGCUCAUUAUAUGCUCUUAC